GGGCUGGGGGUGAUUCAGUCUUUCUAAGCGCCACACACCCACCUCACUGUGCGUGCGUCGUCCUGUGCGAGGGAAAGAAGAAGCGCAACACCACGUACUAUCCGUAUAUAUAUAAAGGGCGUCCGUACCACACACACAGAGAGGAAACUGCCGCCACUCCUUACGCAUCGCGAAAGAGCGAGAGAGCGAGAGAGCGAGAGUGCUGGCGUGUGCCCUCCUUUGGAUCGCCACGAAAGAAACCUGCGACCGUAGAGCGCACCUAAGGUAAGUCGUUAAAGAUAGCUUUAUCUAUUUAUCCAUUUUUUUUUUAAUUCAGAUCGGAUGCCACCGAAAAGGAAGGCCGCCGUGGAGAAGAGCGUGGCGCGACCCUCCCACAUUCAGAAAGCGACCGCGUCCAACCACCGGCACAACGGCAACAGCAGCGGCGGCAACCACACACCGCAGAACUGCGGCGACGCGCCUGCCAUCGCUGCACGCCUUGCCAGCACCGAGGUGGACAGCCGUGUACACAACAUGCGGACCUUCUAUGAAACAGGGCGCUUCGUUUCCCCACCACACACCUACACGGAGCUGCUCCGCGCCUACGUGGAGUUUGUGGUCUGCAGCGUGCCGGGUGCAGCACCGAGCACCGCGCCGAGCACCGCGCCGACGUCCUCACCGCUGCAUAACGGUGCGGCCACGACCACACGAACCGCAGGGCACCACCCAGCCCCGCCGCCGGCAGUGGAUCGCGAGACGCAGGUGCGGGCGCUGCUGUUUGUGGCUGUGCCGCACCGCGUGGCGGCGUACUUUGAGGAAAUACAACUGCUCCCGUUGGAGGAGGAGGAGGAGGAUGCGCCGGAGCGUGCGGCCGGUCGGAAGCGCGACCGCGGCCCCUCCAGCCCCAGCUCUACCCACGACCGGCAGAAACAUCCACGUCCGUUAGAAAAGGAAGGGGAAGGUGUCGGCGAAGCAGCGAACGGCAGCGGCGCACCAGCGGACACGGUGGCUGACUCGCUUUCUCCCCAAAUCAUGCAGCAGCGUCUUGCCGCGUACGGUGCCGAGCACCUCCCGGGCUUCGACUCCGACUCGGCCUAUUUGGCCGCCAAGGAUGUGUUGAUCUACAUGGAGCACUACGCCUACCUCCUCGCGGGAAUGAUGCUCGGCGCCUCCUUGCUCAGGAGUAUCGAAGUGGCGAACCUGGACUUCCGCCGACAGUGUGUGCCGUGCGUCGAGGCGACCGUGCAGCUUGUGCGCCGCUGCACCGAAGCGCAGCUACGCAAGAUGUCACUGGAACCCCGAGUGGUGCGUCUCAGCACCCGCCUGCACCUCUCCGCGAAGGCGGCCAGAACCCUCGAGUACAUGCUCGUCUGCCAGUGCGGCCGCUACACCCCCGGCGCCAUCGCAGAGCCGCUGCGGCCGGUCAACAUCGCGUACCACAACGACCUCACCCCGCAGGAGCUGCUAUCCAUUCUGUCCGACAGCGGCGUUCUGUGGAAGCAGGGACUCGCCUUCUCGGACAUCAAGAUGCGUUCGUCCUUUACGGAAUGCAGGUACGGCCUGCCGCUGGAAACCAUCGCGGCUCUCAGUGGCGACCAGCUGUCAGAGGAGCAGCUGAUCAAGUUGGAGCGCACGGCGCUCUCGGAGGUGCUGAACGAAGAGCGGCAGAUGAAGCCGACGAGGUCGGUGUCACCGGGGCGGGGUGCCAUCCAGACCAGUGGCGAGAAGAGCGGCCGCCCCCCGCUGGCGACCUCCUUCAAGAACUGUAGCGGCCGGAAUAAUAGCGGUAGUGGAGGUGCCAGAGGCUUCGCCACGCGGCGGAGAUCUCGCUCACCUCUCCCGCGGCGGCGCGGCGAGGCAGCAGAAGAGAGGGCGGAGCAGGACGAUGACGACGUCGACUACGACGAGACCGCCUCGACGGCGGACAGCACGCUGACGACGGCCGAGGACGCGCUGGAGGACGUGCUGGACCACAUCGACCCGAAGAUCCUCGCCGCGGGAGAUCCGAAACAGAUUCAAGAGGCGGUGGCGCAGCAUCUGCACAGCAGCGCCGCAGCAGCAGCCGAAAGCAAGAAGAAGACCACCGCGGUGGCGGUGGCGACAUCGAUGACCGCAAAGACGGCGGAGGUAGCGGAGGAGACGCAAGACGGGGAGCAGGGAUCGGUGGGGGCGGCACCGACUGCCACGGCAGGUGCCCCGCUCACACCGGCUGCAUCAACGCUGGACACGGCACGCAAGCCGCGGCUGGCACUGGCCGACAUCAAUCCCCUGGCGCAACGCUGCCGACAUGGCACCGCGGACCCCAACUCGCCGCCGUCAUCGUCGCCGCUGACCGCGCAGACGGACCCCUCCCUGCGCGGCAAACCCUACGACUCCGAUAUCGAGUACAUGGACGCGGCUUUCCGCAUCCUGGCGAACAUCAUCCGCAUCCGCUACGCGGAGGGCGACAUGAAGGACGAGGACGACAGCUUCUCCCCAAAGAACAAAGUCGAGGCGUCGCUGCGUGAGCUGAAAGGUAAGGUGCGCGUUGCGGCUGCGGUGCACGAGUCGCGACUGCAGGCCACACUCGCCGCCAACACUUUCACCCCCCGCAUCGAGCAGCUCGCCGGGCGUCUGAAGCUGACGGAGAUGGAGAAGCAAAUCAUGCUGUUUAUGGUGGGCAACGUCGUCUCGCACGAUAUGCUGGUGGCGGUGAACGGCCGCUACGUGAUGCAGGAUGGGCAGCGGCCCAUCACGGUGGGCUACACCCUCUUUGUGCUGUGCGAGACGCUUGAGGAGCGGGUGGUGGCCCGGCGCGCCUUCUACCAGUCUGCCCCCCUCGUCGCCAAUGGGGUGUUGUCGCUGUCUUUCGAGACCACCAGUCGCUCCCGCUUCAACACGGACUUGAUGGAGUACUUGGUCGACAUCGAUCGCAAGAUUGUGGAUGACGUGAUGGGCAUUACGGCGGAGACGGCGGAGAUGGUGCCCGGGUCGCAGCUGUACCUCCCUUCUGUGCAGCUGGCGAACGUUGUGCUCCCUACCUCCACCAUGGACCGCGUGCUCUCCACGAUUGAGCACUACAGCCUCUUUGAGCAGUGCAAGAAGCAAAGCGGGUUCGGCGACGGCUUGGGGAUGAGCAAAGGCGGGCUCGUCAUGCUCUUCUUCGGCCCGAGCGGCACCGGCAAGACGAUGCUGGCCAACGCCGUCGCGCACCAUCUGCAGAAGAAGAUCUUGCUCGUCAGCAUCUCACAGUUUCGCUCCUCUACCAAAGCGGAGGGCGAAGCGCUCAAGUUUCUCUUCCGCGAGGCGAAGCUCAGUGAGGCCAUUAUCUUCUUCGACGAGUGCGAGUCCCUCUUCGAGGACCGGCAGAACAACACCACUGUGACCGCGCUGCUGUCAGAGUUUGAGAACUACGACGGGCUCAUCAUCCUCGCCACGAACAAGGCGCAGAACUUCGACGAGGCGAUGAACCGCCGCAUCUCGCUUAUGAUGGAGUUCCGGCCGCCGGACCACCAGCUGCGGCUGCGCAUUUGGAAGUCACACCUCCCGCCGCAGCUCCCGCUCGCCGACGACGUCUCCGUGGAGAAGCUGGCGCUAAAUUACGAGCUGUCAGGCGGCCUCAUCCGUAACGCGGUGCUGGCCGCUCUUAGCCAAGCCGUCGCACGCGAGAAGAGCGCCUCGCCGACGCUGACGAUGGCCGACCUCGACGAAGGCGCUCGUCUGCAGCUGCGCGGCUUCUUCCUGGCGGCCGAGCGGCCGGAGGGGGUGAGUGAGUCCUACGUGACGCCAAAGAACACCCUGGCGGCGCUGGUGCUGGAGGCCCCACUCGCCAAGAAGCUGGAGACGAUCGCCAGCGUAGCCAAGAUUCGCAGCACCCUCUACACCCAGUGGGGCUUCAGCGAGGACGCGAACGACAACUGUGGGGCGCUGUAUCUCUUCCACGGCGUCAGCGGCACCGGCAAGUCGCUCGCGGCGGAGGGCAUCGCGUACGAGUGCGGGGCAACGAUUCGGCUGUGCAACGUGGCUGAGCUGCUCCUGCGGGAGGAGAUGCACGUGCACGCCGUCUUUGAGGAAGGCCGCCGCCUCGGUGCCAUCAUCGUCUUUGACGAGGCGCAGGUGCUCUUUAACGAGUCGCCGAAGAGUCUGCAGCUGUCGCAGCUUAUCCAGUACCACGCGCGCCGCUACCCACGGCCGGUGAUUGUGAUAGCGACGACGACCAGUCGCGACGGCGGUGGCGGCCGACAGCUCUUCUCCACGCACAGCGUCAACUCCCGCUCGUCCUGCAUGCUGUUCCAGGCAGAGAUUGCAUUCGUGCUGCCAAGCCGGCCACUGCGGGAGAAGCUGUGGCGGCGUGCGUUUCCGGAGCGGGCGCCGAUCGCCGUCGAUGUCGAUUACGCGAAGCUGAGCGCGUCGGGCAUCUCCCCCAAGCUGAUCCGCACGGUGGCCUUUAACGUGUGCUGUGAGGCGGCGCUGCUGCCGGUGGCGGAGCGCACGGUGACGAUGGCGAUGAUCGAGCAGGAGAUCGAAAAGGCGCUGGUGCGGGAGCGGAGCUCGGCAUCGACCAGCGCGAUGUUUGCAUGA